UUAAAAAUUAAAAAAGGCGCACGUUAUAAAUAUGCGUCCACCAUUUCAAUUUUCUCUCGCAGCUCUACUGUUCUGCACUAGCCUCUCAACCCUAUCUUCACUCUUCCCGCUGCUCUGUUCUGCUGCACAAAUUUGUAAACAUAUAUACACGAAAACACUCAUCCAAUGCACGCGCAUAUAUGGUAAUUUGCAUAAAUUUAUGUUAUUUCGAAUGUUGCCAAUAAAACCUAGUUCAAUUUCCCCCCUCCCAAAACCACUGCCGGCAUUCCCCGUUCUCUGCCCUCCUCCUCCACCGACCACCGCCUUCCGCUGUCAAGCGACCGUAAAGAACACGUUCCCUCUAUGGUUGUUCAAUUUGACUGCUGCUUCCGACGCCGCUGGCAGAAUUGGACAAAGAUUGUCCGAUAAUAUUCGCGCCACCACUACGAGCAACAUUAAUGGCAAGAACUCGAAAAUAAAUGCGAAAGAGAAGUGGUCGCGCGACAGUGAGAGCUACUUGACUGACGAUGGAGAUGCCCUGCCUCUCCCGAUGACCUACCCUGGCUCCUCCCCAGUGUCGCCGGAGGAAAUCGACAAGAGGCUCCGGUGCGAGCCAGAGAUAGAGGAUUGCAAGCCAAUGGUUUAUGAAUGGACUGGAGUAUGUCGGAGCUGCCAAGGAACUGGACUAGUCAGCUAUUAUAACAAAAGAGGGAAGGAGACCAUCUGCAAAUGCAUACCUUGUAUGGGCAUUGACCUCAAUCACAAUGCCGACAUAUAUGUCUAUGCAGGAUAUGUGCAGAAGAUAACAGCACGCAAUGACAUUGAUGUGAUGGAGGACUUGGAUAGUAAUGGAAAACCACCUUGAUGUAGAUGCCAUUUUCACUUGUAACAUUUCAGAUGAAUAAGUCUUAUAGUUGCGCCAUUGAGGAGA